ACAGAGUAAGCAGCAACUAGCAAUGGCGGACGUUGUUCAGUACCGCCUCGAGCGGAUGGUUGAAGACUUUGAUGACCUAGAACGUAGAGGAAUCUUCACGAAUGCAGAGAUUCGAGAGAUCGUUAAGCAGCGCCGUAAGUUCGAGUACCGGCUAAAGCGGCCGAGCCCACUCAAACAGGACUUUUUAGCCUACAUUGACUACGAGUCACAGCUUGAUGAGCUGCGAAGCUUGCGGAGGAAGGCGGUGUCGCGUCAUUCUGAGAAGAAAAAGAAGAAGUCGAUUUCUGAUUUCGCCGGUGUGCAAAAGAUUGUGGAGAUUUAUAGGCUUGCGACCAUGAGGUAUAAAGGCGAUAUCAAUUUGUGGUUUAGGUAUAUCGAGUUCUGCAAACAGAAGAGGAAUGGUAGAAUGAAAAAGGUCUUGGCUCAAGUUAUAAGAUUUCAUCCUAAAGUGCCUGCAGUGUGGAUGCAUGCUGCGGCGUGGGAAUUUGAUCGAAACUUGAAUGUUGCUGCAGCUCGUGCUCUUAUGCAGAAUGGUUUGAGAGUGUGUCCAAACUCUGAAGACUUGUGGGUGGAGUAUCUGCGGAUGGAACUCACCUACCUUAAUAAGCUUAAAACUCGUAGAGUUGCACUCGGUGAAGAUAAAGGAAGUUUGGUGCGUGACAAGAAAAACGUCGAGGAUGAAAAAUGGAAAGAUGAGAAUAAAGAGCUGUUUAUGUCGCUAGAUGAGAAAGAAGGAAAUGACGACUCUGAUGUGGAAGAUGUUGAGGAUGUGAGUGAGAAAGUUGAUGUCUUUCGAGAAAAAGGGUCUAAUGUUCUUCAGGCCAUUUAUAGUGGAGCCGUUGAGGCUCUUCCGUCUAGUUUUGAAUUGAGGAAGCGUUUUUUGGAAAUCCUAGAGGCAACAGAUUUGGCGCAUUCAGAUGAAAUCCGCAAUACGAUUCUAAGUGACCUGAAGCGUGAUUUUUACAAGGAUCCUGAAUACUGGAAUUGGCUUGCAAGACAUGAAAUGUGUGGUUGUAUUAGCAAAGAGACGGGCGUAGAGUUUGCGAAUCCUCAAUUGCAAAAGGCUAUUCAGGUUUUUGAAGAGGCUUUACAAACUGUUACUUCAAGUUCUAUGUUUGAGAUGUAUAUAAAGUUUUUAAUGGAGACUAUUGCAUGGUCAAAUGGCGACAACAACGAUGACGUUUCCGCUUCGUUUAAUCCGGCUGGGGAUUGCAUUUCACAUCUCAUAAAUGUGUACCAAAAGGCUGAUGGAACCGGGUGUUUGACCGAGGAGCUUGCUAGUGAAUAUGUUUCAUUGUACUUGAAACUGGGAAAGACUCAUGAAGCUCAGAAGCUAGCAGAAAAGCUUUCCUCUGGAAAAUUUGCGGGAUCAGCUAAGUUGUGGCUUUCAAGAGUUUACAUUGAAAUAGGAUCACUUUCAACGAACUCUUCUCCCACUAAGGCAGAGUUGCAGUCAGUUUUUGAGGUCCUUUCAAAUGCGUUGAGGAAUGUACCGAUCUCAGAAUCUGAGAGUUUAUGGCUUAUGGCUUUUGAGUUCUAUGCUCAUCAGAGAACUUAUUUUGAUAAGCUUGUAGAGAUGUCCAUCCUAUCGGUAGCCAAAGGCAAUAAUGGGAGCGACCAUGAGUUUUGUCUCGCUUCCGUAGUGGUAAAAUUUGUUCUUGAAAAAAAAGGGAUCCACAAUGCAAGGGAGAUAUACAAGAGGUUCGUGGCUCUUCCCCGUCCAGGUCUUGUUCUAUACAAAGAUUGCAUUGAAAUAGAGACCAAACUUGCAUCACAAGGUGAUAAAGAUAGUCUCAGGAAUGCCCGGAAGCUUUACGAUUCUGCAGUUGCAAGUUAUAGUCAAGACGUGGAGCUGUGGAAGGAUUACUACUCAUUGGAGACGAAGCUGGGAACGUCAGAGACAGCCAAUGGUGUGUAUUGGCGCGCGAGAAAGACUCUGAAGGGAUCAGCGGAUUUCAUAGUUGGUUAAUGUAGUUUGAUAUAGAGGAAAGACAAUGUUUCCCUUGCAUUUGUUGUGGAUGUUGGCUUGAGUUUUGUAAUCCAUAAGAAAUGAAUUUUGGUUUAAAAGGAGAAGACGAUGUGCUGCUUCGUGAAUCAACACAUUUUUGA